GCGGCGGGGCUGGUGUUUUAAUUCUUGACAUGCUCGUCUCAGCAUGUUUUGCUAUUCAUUCUGGAUCUUAAGUUUGCAAAUUCUGCUGAAAAUUCAGUGAUGUAUUUGAAAUGAGAAACUUCUCUGUGACAUAGUGUGAAUGUUUGUGGCUGGACUCUAUUGUGGAAACUUGUGGCUUUGUUUUUAAUUGAGGUAGAAAGUUAAACUUCCGUUGUUCAGAUUUUAGGUUUAUCUAGUGGAAUUGUGCCCGGUAGUUAUCUAAAUAUGGACCAAUUUUGGGAAAUGAAGGUUGACAAAUGUGUAUUUGACUCUAGAUAAUCCUUUAUUCAAAAUCAUAAAGGCUUACAUCAUUAGAGUUGUCUUAGGUUUUAUGUUGUCUUGGGUUAAAUGUGGAUGAUGAUCAGCAUUAUAUCUAUGAACUUCCUUUGGGAAAAGAGAAAAAUUCAGUCUCCAAACCUUUUCUUGGAGACUAAAUUUACCAUAUAUGGAUAAUGAAAAAAUUUUAGAAAGUGGCUUUGAUUAUUUUUAAAUGGAAUUUAAUCAGCUUAGUUAUUUUUCCUAGUUUGAAGCACUUAUUUCCCAAAUGUGAAUAAAGGGAAAAGAUCAACAAUUUGGCCCCCCCCUUUUUUGAGGCCAUUUUUAGUUUUCUGCCCCCAUUUCCCAAUCCUGUUAUAAAAUGAAUUACGGGUAUCCCUCUAAGUCCCUAUAACCCCUUUUGGGGGUCACAGAUACCUUUGAUAAUCUGACAAAAGUGAUGGACCCUCUCCCCAGAAAGAAAAUACAACAUAUACAGAUAAUUUUGCAUACAACCUCAGGGGCAUCACACAUCUUCUGAAACCCAAGUUAAGGAUCUCUAAGUAAACUCUGUAGAGAAAAUUUUAAUGCAAUUAAUUGAUAAAAUUAAGAACUAAGUAUUGGCAUAAAACAUUUCAGAUUGGAAUUAUCGUUAGAUGAUGGCCCCUACUAGCAAAAUGUGACAUUCCAACCAGCUUUGUUAGACAUUAUAACAUCCAGAUAGAAGGAAAAAAGAAGCAAAGUUCUGAGAGCUAUUUUUAAGGAGUCAGGGCAUCUCUAGACAUGGGAGCCACUCCUGGUUCAAGGCAGGGGUCAGGGUGCCUGACAGCUUCUAGCAGGGUAGAGUUUGAUAAACCACAAUGCUCAGGAUGCCAAGGGGUUAGCCAUUAUCUUAACCCCUUUCUCACCAAAAGAUUUUAGUUUUGUGUAUUGGGAAACAAGACGUCACUAGGGAAGAAAAAGAUUUGCCUUACAACUUUGCUGGAACACAUCAGUUUGGUGACGUAUGGGACACCGGUAUCAUUUUUGAGAAGGUGCAUAAAACCAAAGUAAAUUAUUCUCUAUGUAGAACAUUAUUUACUAGUAACAUUUGUUUGGAUGUAUUAGCUUUGACAAUUUUUACCAGUAAAUAUUGGUUUUAUUUAAAACUGGGAAUCCAGUUUAUAAAUAAGAUAGUUGAUAUAUCUGUCCUUUCCCCCAUGUAAAGAAUAGUUUAAAGGUUUAUGCUUACUUUUUAUUUUUCUCUCUUGAUGCCAUGGAGUGGGGUGGGGGCGGGGGAGAUCUUUGAGUCAACAACCGACAAAAUAUCUUUUCAAAUUUAAAAAUUGAGAAAGCAGCACCUUAUUUAAGUCUAACUGUAUACCAUUUUAGUGCAUGUAUUAGUUUUAAUAAUGAUUUUUUGGUGCAUGCCUUUGGGCUUAUUCAAAAGUGUACAAUAGGAAAGUAUACGUAUUUCCUUUCUUAGAAAGGAGAUGUUUUUCUACUUUGCAACAUGUGAUUACAAAAAUCUUCCUCUGUGGGAAGAUUAACCAUGUAUUGAACUACUGAAAAGUAUAUAUUUUUAGAUAUACAGAAAGCAUCUACAUGGAGCAGCAUUCAGACCUAUAUAGAAGUCAUAGCAUUCUAUAUAGGACCAAAAAGGAAAUAACAUUAAACACUUAAACAGACUUUGUUGGGUAGAAAUACCUUUAGAUCUUGCAUUGACUUCCAAAAAGAAAAUGCCACAGAAGUUUGCUGAAAACUUUUGUUGUUUGAAUUUUCUCUGUCAGUGUAUUUAGCCCAAAUAGAACAGCUUUGGGUUAACACAUACGUAAGAAUCAAAAAAACAAAGCUAACUAAAUAAAUCAGUCUGGUUUGCCAAUCCAGCUUGACUGAAAUAAGUAAACUAAUCACUUGCAACAUGAAAAACUGUUCAACUCCUCUAAGGUUUUGACAAAAUAACCUUGGCUGAUGUGGGAAGACUCCCACUUUGAUUUCUGACCUGACAGUGAAGAUUCAUGCUUGACAUGAUUUCAUACCUGACAGUGUCUGUUUAAGGAGCUGUGGUACAGUCUGCUAAUUCAAUCCCAGAUACCUGUUGAUUACCUGUGAGAUCUAGAGUCCAAAGUAGCCAGCAGCUGUAUCCCUGAGUGCUCUGUGCCCAUCAGAUCUCUUAAAGUAAGCAGGGUUGGGGCAGGUCACAGCUCUGAUGAGUGACCUCAGGUGCUGUGGACAGCCCCAGAUUUAAGACUUGUAUCUGCUUUCUUGGGAGUCAUCACUGAACUAAUGUCCCACAUGGUGUUACUUACUGUAGAUGCUCUCUCUUGGAGGAGGCCCAGAGCACACAUCCUAAUUGCUUGUGGUACUCAGAGAGGGGGUGCUAACUCUGAUGCCCUGGCCAAAUUCCAGUUUAGGGAUGUGGGUCUUCUUGCUAUUCUAAUCGGAAACAUGCAUCGCUUCCCAUUUUCCCUGUUGAUCUCAGCGCAAACUGCACUAGUAUAUUUCUUUGCCCCGACCCCAAGUCUCUAAGAUGCUGGUGUGUAUUAUAUAGGCCAAGUUCAUGCCUUAUCCUAAUGCUGGAAAGUUGAGGAAUGAGUGAGCUUGGUGUCACAGUGCCCUGUAGUUGGAAGGUAAACUCUUGUGGUGUUUUAGGGAUGAAGCUGGCCCUCUUCUUAGCAUAAGUUGGGGAAUGUGCACUGGCCGGAGGCUUCCAGCCAUGAGGUGUGAACUGAAACCUAUUUUCCCUCUUUUCUUAUAGCAUGUUGAGAAAAUCUGUUGGGUUUUUAGCAGUCAGGGAAGGCCGGAGUUCUGCAGCUUUAAUCUGGGUAACUGAGGCUAGUUUGAGCAAGUCUUUGGUUAAUUAACUAGGUUCUCAGAUGCCACAGACUCCGUGAAAAGUCACCAUUAUUUUCAAUGGUUGUGAUAGAAUUUCCCCCAGUAGCCAUUAUUUUAAGAUUAUAUUGCAGAGUUGCUUUAUUUGAGCUUUUCGUGUAUACACAAUCCCAAACUGGAAGAAAUAAUAAUUAAAAAAAGGAAUCCUGCUGUGAAAGGUAUAUAUUACUCUAGAUUUUUCUUACUGUAAAUAUUGUAAGAUUGUAAUACUGUCGAUAUUUUAUUAACCAACAAAUGUUAAUCUAUGUGAAUUCAGACUUAUUUUAAAUGUGCUUCUUAUUUACUGUGUGUGGUCCCUGUUGCUGACAGUAUUAAGUUAUAUUCUGAUGUAAGAUUAACUUUAUUAAAGAAUGUAAACAUUGUUUCCUUAUGGGAAAACAAAUAAAGUAUAAAGAAGACAAUUCUUUUCAUUAAAAUAUACUGUGUAUUUACACUUGCUAGACCCAGCACCACUUAUAAAUUUAGUACACUGUUCAAAAUUUUAGUUAACACAGCUGACAUGGAUGUGCUCUGUUUGAAAGUCUAAGAGUAGGUAUUGUUGGAAUAUAAACAGUUUGUAUUUGUCUGCUGUGAAUCAUAAUCUUGAAAUUUCUAAUCGAGUUUGUAAAAUUUUUAUAGUAAAACAUUUUAACGACAAUUUAAAAAUUUAUCUUCUCUAAAGAAUGGUCAAAACAAUAUCCUUUCAGAAAUAGAAUCGUUCUUUAAUAUCUUUCCAAAAUGAUUUUGGUUAAAUGGACCAGAUGUAUGUUAGUUAAAAUUUAAGACAAAGUUGUAAUAUUCUUUGAGUUUACAAGUUAAUCCUUAUUGGAGAUGUGCCAAUUAUACAGUAGAAUAUCAUUAAUUUGCACUGUUUGGGGACCCCAUUAAGAAUGCUGAAUUUUUCCAACUAAGAAGUAAGCAAAUGCAAUUUAAAAAGUAAAUUUGAGCAUUCUGUAUUAAAUAUGUGCAGUUAUUAUCACAUGAAGAAGCUCAGUGUGUCGGGCUGUAAUAUAACCAUACUUGCUGUCAUGUUCUCCCAUCUCAGUGCUGGGAACUCACCAUGUGGAAACCAAGCAAAUGUGUUGUGCAUCAGCCGGCUUGAGUUUGUUCAAUAUCAAAGCUGAAACUAGCGAGGUCUGCUGUACUGCUUAUUGAAGUAUUGUGAUUCUUUUAGGCAUUGAUUCUUACAAAAUAUAUACUGUAACAGUAUACUUUGUACAGAUUUAAAUUUUAUUUGAAAAAAAUGAAAUAAAGUAGGCAAAAAAAUAAAGAUGUUUAUUUUUCAUGUGACUAUAUAAA